CGAGGGAGGCCCAUCGAAUCCACUUGGGUUUCUUCGCCGAUAAGGAUCGGUGGUUGGGGCUUUGUUCUCGUCGAGUCCGGUGUGGCAAAUGCGACUAAGAUAAAGGAGGAUGCUGGUGCCCAGACAGGAAGGACUAGCAAUUAUGCAGGACUAAGGUAGAGGAAUAGAGGGCCACAAUGUGUGAGGAGGCCACGUGUGAGAGGAUGAUAUCUAAGAUUUUAUUACAUAUAGUUCAGUCCGCAAGUGUGUCAUACAGUAUUUCAAAUCAUACGCCCACUUUGCUGCAUGUAGGGUUCUAGUUGUGUUGGCACAAUACUACAUUGGGUUUACUUGCAGACAAUCAAAUGCUUGCAAAAUGAGCUCCUUUCUGCAAAAGCACUUGCAGUAGAUCAGUCAUGCCAGAUCCGACUUGAUGUGUAUUAAAUUCAGCACAAGUUUUGGUCGAAAUUGUAUUGGCAGGAACGACAUCAAAUAUUUUUUUGGAGUGAAGCUUCUUUGCAAAGCCAGUGAAACUCUGUUCUUUCUCUUUGAAUCUCAAAGGCUAAGUGUUCAUGUCUGAUCUUGACAUCCAUAUUCCAACUACAUUUGAUCCUUUUGCUGAUGCAAAUGCUGAGGACUCUGGUGCUGGUGCAAAGGAGUAUGUUCAUAUCCGCAUCCAACAACGAAAUGGCAGAAAGAGUCUGACAACUGUGCAGGGGCUAAAGAAAGAGUUUAGUUAUAACAAGAUCUUGAAGGACCUAAAAAAGGAAUUCUGCUGUAAUGGUACUGUGGUCCAGGACCCUGAAUUGGGCCAGGUUAUUCAACUCCAAGGUGAUCAGCGUAAGAACGUCUCGAGUUUCCUGGUUCAGGCGGGUAUCAUCAAGAAGGAGCAUAUCAAAAUUCACGGGUUCUGAAUAAUCGCAUAUCAUGCGUUAAGACUUGAGUUAUAUAUAUUGUUUCUGGCUGCUUGUAACAUGUAACUUAAGGGGACACUGUGUUGCGACUCCUGCGUCGCUGGUCUUCUGAUGGCUUAUCUCUCAGUGACGUUUUCUGCCGUGAGAAGAAGCGUUGCUUUGUGUUAUGGUUUAUGUUCAUUUGUGUUGGUCCGGAUGUUUGAUCUCACCAUGACUAUUGUUCUUUUGGUCUA